UGACGAAAAAGUUCGAAUUCAUGAAAAAAUUUAAAUAAUUUCUUCAUUUUCCGUCAAAGUACUUACAAAUAUCACUUAAAAAAUCAGUAAAAAAGGCAUUUCUCGAAGAAAAUUAUCGUAAUUUUGUGAUCAUCAUGCAUUUCCAGCGGAUAUCGUACUGAAACAGCAGUGGGCGAGUCCCUUAGAUUAAUUAAUUAGACAAUUUUUAAUUGAAACUAGUCAAUUUUCCACGUCACGACGAUGCAACUGCCGCAAUAUCAGCGUCUUGGCGGUCCACAGACCCUUUUCAGUAUUUCCUUUGGGCGAUUUUCUGUGAUAAUUGUGUCGUUGCCCUUCUUCGGUUUCAUUUUUUGUGUUGCUUAUUCGGUCUUGUUCUUUUUUAAACAAUCCACGGGCACGCAUUGUCAUGUCUUUAACUUGUUACCGAGCAUUUCAGCGGCAAUUGGGAAUUAUCAGCCGCAGCGGUUUGUGUGGCAAUUGUGCAUUGUACUUCAUUUUUUGCCGCGCCUGUUGAUUGCGCGCAUGUACUUGAAGCACUACGAAGACAUUAUUCGCAUGAAUCGACGGGGAUUUGCGUAUCUCGCUGUUUUUCUGAAUAUUUUGGAGAAUUUUGCGCUACUUGGACUAUCACUUUUUACCUCAAUCGACAGUUAUGAAAUCCAUAAAAAUUGUUUCGUGACAUUUAUUGCGGCAUCCGAAGUUUACAUGUUGAUCAGUUACUUCCUCAAUAAGAAUGGAAGGAAAAUUCCUGAACUCAAUAAGAUCGAAGAAAAGUCUCUAAAGUACAAACAACGACUCUUCCUCAUAAAUGUAGUGUGUUUCGCACUUGCCGGUUACUUUUUCGUCAGGCACAAUGAAUAUUGCGAGCCAAUGAUUUACACUUUUUUCGCAUUUUUUGAGUACAUUGUCGUAUUCACCAACAUGGGUUUCCACAUGACAGCUUACUGGGACUUUUCGAUGCUUAGUUUGGCGUUCGACUGGAUCAAUGGUUUCCAUUUUAUUCCAACCGGAAGCUAAAAGUAGACAAAAAAAUUUAUUUUUAAGUUUUGUUAUUUAUUUUUCUAACUAAAAAAAAUAUUUUAUGGAAAAUAAACUUGCACAAUUAUGAGUUAAAAAACUCAAACUU